ACGCGGGGAAUGCGAAACACGCGGGAUAACAAAUAACAACAAUCUGCAAAUGUGAGGACAGAUCCAGCUAAUCUCGGAAAUGUUAUUGUUUGCGUUUUUUUUUCAGGCAGAAUCCGAUGUAUAUGAUGAAAGGGGCUUAUUAGUAUGCUGGAUAAGCGGCGGCUACAUGCCUCCGGUACGUCGCCAUGCACCCUCAUCUUCGUGAUCGUUUUGGCACUAACUGGAUGCUUCUCGUUUUGGAUUCACAUCGAUGGUUCAGGAUCGUCGAUCCCGUACUCCAGCGGCGGUGUGGCCGCGCCAGGAUAUGUCCUUAUAUUUCCCGGAAACGUCACACCCUCGACGCAGCCCUACUCGAUAAACGAACUUCCGUCCGAUGAUAAAUCCACGAUCAACAUCACGGAUUUCAGGUUUAUCAUGAACCACAAUCCCUGCAAUUGUACGCAGCCGUUGCUGCUAAUGCUGGUUCACUCGGUGUCAGGGAAUUUCCUGAGGAGGCACAUGGUGCGGGAGACCUGGGGUCAACAAACGCCAGACGUGACUUUAUUGUUUCUCGUGGGAUAUUCGGAGAAAUAUCAAUCCAGGCUCGAGGAGGAGAACAGGAAAUAUCAAAACUUAAUACAGGGAAACUUUCUUGAUGCCUACAGAAACAUGACCUACAAGCACGUUAUGGGAUUAAAGUGGGCUACUUAUUAUUGUCCAAAUGCCAAAUAUAUUCUUAAAUUAGACGAUGACGUUUUUGUUCAUUUACCGGCCAUGAUUGUUCAUUUACUGGACUUUCUGAUGCGUGACCUCUCGCCGUGGGGUGCAAGUCUGAUUCUCUAUGAUCUUAUGUCGGCUUUCGCAGUGAAGAGAUUCUGGCGCUCAAAGUGGCGCGUCUUUCCUCAGGAGUAUCCCGGUAGACUUUAUCCCGCGUAUUGUGCCGGAUGGGCGAUCCUAUACUCUCCCGAUAGUGUAUUUAUAUUGUAUCGUGAAGCUCAGAAGGAGCCGUACUUCUGGAUCGACGACGUUCACAUUACCGGGACACUGGCUAGGAAAGUAAACUUAACGCAAACCUCAUUACACUCUUGGGUGCUUACGACCGAGAGCAUGCGGGACCUGCUGUCGAACCCGAGCGCCCGGCGGGAUUUUCUGUUCGGGCCUCCGGAGAUAACGGAGAGCGAAAUACGAGCCUUACAUAGUCUGAUUACUAAAUCACGGCCUAGCAACGAAAACCUAUUGUAUAAUUAAACUAAUUCUAAUAGAACAAUUUCGUUAUACUCGCUCGCCGUGACGCGAGGACGGGAGAAAAGAAGUGAGAUACGAUAGCGAGUGUUCUUAUAUACUUUUCGCGUAUCUUAAUUUUAUAUACAUUGGUAUGCCCUGUACAAUAAUUCAACGUAAGUGUUCGAUUAUUUGCACAAUGUACAAACGCCGUGUUAUGUAUGAUACGAACGUAAUAGUGCGUUAUAUGAUGACGCGCGCGCGUGCGCGCGUGUGUGUGUAUGUGUGUGUGUGUGUAUGUGCCAUACAGAUCCAGCAAACACAUAUGCAUGUGUAACAAAAUAUUACGAAAUUUGCAAUUGUCUUAUUUAAACAAGGAAACGGGUAUAAUUUUGAUGAGAAUUCAAUUUUUUGUAAUAAAUACCAAGAGACCAUAAUCUCGCGCCAAGUCACGCCCAGCAAACAGUGAGGACUAACGUAUAUUUGUAUGCGGUCUAGUUUAAAAUAUUUUAAAUUAUCUAUGACUAAUGCCUGGACCGAACGAAUUCCUAAUAUUUGGAAAAGACGCUUACGUCGAUUGUCGCAUAUAUUUACACUGUCACGGACAACACAUAGGGAUCAAUAUCAUGCGUUUAUAGCAUCAGAAUGUGAACUCAGUAUCAGUAAUGAUACCGAAUUCUUCUCUAUUAAUAUUUAUUAUUUAUAUUAAAAAAAUAAUACUCAGAUAUAUAGUGUAGGUUCAACUGAGUUACAUUUAUAUACUAGAUUAAAGAUUAAGGGCUCUUUUCUCUAUUCGAGACUGUCAAUGUAUAAUCAGGGCUUGUAAUCGAAUAAUGUUUUAAAUUAAUUUCGAGAGUAUUUAUAAUUUUUAGAUUUAUUGAAUUUUCAAUUUUAUAUAUAUUAUAUUAUAGGUAGUUAUGAUAUAGAGCACACAAUCGUUUACAUCACAAUUACAAUUGAUAUUUAGUUUUUUAUAUACAAGUUGUAUUAUUUUAUUAGUCGUUUACCAUACUAUGUAAUAAGCACACAUGCACGCACAUGUAUUCCUCACAUUUUGUUAAAUCGAGAAAAGAACAUUUUAUCAUCGCAAAUUGAUUUGAUUUAUUGUAAAAUUUCUUUUGCGGUAUUAAAUACGCACGCAAAUUUUUCGAUUAUCU